ACAAAUAUACCUACGCCUGAUCAUUACAAAGCGUCAUCUGCCAAUUAAGCAAUAUAUACAACACCACUAACUGGUAGUUUUGGUAUAUAAAACUGAACGCCCCAAAAUUUUCAUUUAGUUGGCGGAUUGAAAAUAAAAUUCUAAAGGGAAUAAUUCUUGUCGGCGGACGGAUACAUUUUGUGUCAGGUGGCAGCAGGAUCCAUUGCUCUUUUAAGAAGUGUUGUUGUUCAAGGAAAUUUAGUUUUUCGUUUAUUUUGUAGUGUCUUUCUUAAACAGUCAAGAUGGUGGAAGGUGGAAUGAAAUGUGUCAAAUAUCUUUUAUUUGCAUUCAAUCUUAUUUUUGUGAUUGCUGCGAUUGGAUUGAUAGCCGCCGGAGCGUAUGUCCAGGUUGAACUCAAAGAGUACAGCGACAGUCUGGGCAGUGCCUAUGCCGGCCCCGGGAUACUCCUCAUCAUUGUCGGAGUCUUCAUCUUCCUCCUGGCAUUCUUUGGAUGUUGCGGAGCCAUCAAAGAGAAUUAUUGUCUUACUAUGACCUUUGCCGUUUUGCUGACCAUCAUAUUCUUUUUCGAAAUUGCUGGUGGUAUUGCAGGCUUUGUACUUAAAAACAAGGUGGAGAAAGAGGUUAAAGACUCGCUGGAAAAUCUGAUAACAAAAUACAUAGUGAAGAAUGACACAGCAGCUGGGAAAGCCAUUGACAAAAUACAACGUGAGUUCAAAUGCUGUGGCAUAAAGAACUACACUGUGGAUUACUGCGACCGCCAUAACAACAAGGUUGUUGAUUCAUGCUGCAAGGUGAAAGGGUGUGACACUACAUGUAGUCCAAACCCAACAUUCUACACAAAGAACUGCUCCGAUGGGUUCGUGGCAUGGCUAAAAGCCAAGAUAGCCAUCAUUGGGGGCGUAGGAAUUGGAUUAGCUUUUGUUCAGGUGAUUGGCAUCUUAUUUGCAUGUUGCCUGGCCCGUGCUAUUCGCAAGGAGUACGAGGUUGUGUAAACGGUGGUGCAGAAACAUUUAUUGGGCGUGGCAUCGUGUCUGAUAUAGCAUGUGGGGGAAAAGGGGAAAUAACAGAACUGGGCGACAGAUGAUGUUUGAGCCAUAUUUUUGUGGUCUAAAUACUUUUGUGAACAACUGUAAAGAAAAAUGACAUUUUUGAAAGUUUUUAGGGUAACUAAGAAAUGAAACCAUGAAUGAUUUACACUCUAAAUUCUUCUGAGAAGAAAGGAAAAAUUUUCUUGAAAAUUGGUGGGUGGGUGGGCGGGAUGAGAAUUUGACCGAGAGUUGAAUAGUCUCAGCAAUGUGUAACGGUCAAAUCAUUCAGCUUGGUGGAUCUAUUACAUGUGUGUUAUUCGUUAUUCUUGGAAUAUGUUUUGAUACAUUCCUAAGCAAAAAUAAAUAUGCAUUUUUGAAUAUUUAUUAAUGGUAUUCUGUUCACCAGGAAGUAACACUGGUAAAAGAUGAUAAUUGAUUGGUUACUGUCGGAUGGCAGUUAGAGCAUGAUUGGUGGUUUGUGUUAUUUUGAAAAGUUAAUUCGGGUCUCUUGAUUGGCCACUCUACAUUUGGAUACAGCCAGCAUUGUGAAUAAAAGUGCCUCUCCUG